AUGGCUAGCAAAGAUAAUGUGAAAGCUCUGGUAGAAAUAACCGGACUGAAGGAGGACCAAGCUACUAACCUUCUUACGGCGUACAAUGGCAAUCUGGAGGGAGCAAUAAACGCCUUCUAUGAGAAUCCCGAAGGCAUCCUCAACCCGGAACCGGCAGUAGUGAUCGAUGACGAUGACAGCAGCUCUGGACCAUCUUUCACCCCCAGUCGUGUUACUGCCAACGACGACGACAAUGUACGUGCUCCGAUACCUCGCAAGACGGAGAUUUUGCUGCCGCAAAUCGAACUGAACCGUGCCCGGAUUGGGAAGCGUCGGGCCGCUGUUAUUACAGAAGUACCGUUUCGUAGCUUUGAGCUCGAGGGACGCAUUCAGGAGCAGAUGCUGAUGCAGCAGGGCCAAGGUCCAUCGGCAAAGAAAGUGACCCGACUCGAGGCGCUCUUUAUGCCGCCGUUCGAUAUACUGUUUUCCGGUGGCUUUGAUCAAGCGCAACGGCACGGCAAUUCGGUCGAUCGAUGGCUGCUGGUUAAUUUACAGGACGAUCUUAACUUCAGCUGCCAAACGCUCAACCGCGAUCUAUGGUCGGACAGUGAUCUUAAAAACUUCAUGCGCCAUCAUCUGGUGUUUUGGCAGCAAUCGAACAAAACCACUGACGGAGCAAAGUUCAAAACGUUCUACAAAGUGCGAUCCGAGCCGUACAUCGGCGUGAUUGACCCACGAACAGGCGAAGAGGUACGGAAUCUAUCCGGUAACGACCUUACGCCAGUGCGAUUUCUCGAAACGCUCAAAGCCUUUCUAGUGGAAAGCAAAUCACCGCACGGCAAGGAGGUUAACGUGAGCAGAGACUAUCAACUCGGUAUGGGCCCGUCGACCUCUUCGAACGGUGGAUCUAAAAAUGUAGUCCAAUGUGGUGCCGGAAGUAGCGGCCAGAGCAGUUCGAAACCACAGUCGUCCUCCAGUGCAGCAGCUGGAUCAAGCAGAAACCGUUGGGUUACGGUGAUCGAUGACGAUGAGGACGACUUUCAGGAGAUUACGGACAGUGAAAGUGACAGCGAGGAAAACGAUCGACCGCGAACAGUUGGUAGCGGUACGAGCAACAGUAAUAGCAGUAGCACUGCUGAUGAAACAACGCCUGCAACAAUGCUCAGUUCCGAUUCGGAAUCCAGCUUGACGCCGGAUCAGAAGACGCGCAUCCUACUCAAAAUGCCCGGCAACGUAACGGAGCGAUUAUUUUUCCGGAGUUCCCGCACGCUCGAAGAAGCAACGGCAAAAUUGCGACAAAAGUACGAAAAGCAUUACCGGUCAAGUGACGCCACCAUCGAUGUACGGUUCUUCUGUCAAGCCAUCAAAUCGGAUCUGUCCGCGCUCGAUUCCUCCAAAACACUGCUGGAGUUGAAAAUUCACCCGAACGCUGUGAUUCACGUAACAACGGACGAUUAG